AUGCAGCAUGUUAUAUUGAAGCUUGAAGAGGAUCUUUGGCAUUGUAAUACCUUCUGUGUGAAAUUAAAGUUGCACAACCCAAAGAGGUAUAUAGGCAGCAACAGCAACAACAAAAAGGAGGAAGAGGUGCUGCAGCUGGUGGACGAGGUGGUACUAGGGGUCGUGGACGAGGUCAGGGCCAAAACUGGAACCAAGGAUUUAAUAACUAUUAUGAUCAAGGAUAUGGAAAUUACAAUAGUGCCUAUGGUGGUGAUCAAAACUAUAGUGGCUAUGGCGGCUAUGAUUAUACUGGGUAUAACUAUGGGAACUAUGGAUAUGGACAGGGAUAUGCAGACUACAGUGGCCAACAGAGCACUUAUGGCAAGGCAUCUCGAGGGGGUGGCAAUCACCAAAACAAUUACCAGCCAUACUAAAGGAGGACGUUGGAGAAAACAGCGGGAACUUCAUUGCAGGCCGUGUGUCACCCUGACCACGUCUAUCUCUGGGGGUCGCACGUUGCGGGCAGAGCGCAAGGCAUACACCAGAAAACGCUGUCCUGUGGAGGAGAGUGCUAAAGUUAACCCAUCUUGCAGGACGACAUUGAAGAUCGGUCUUCUGUUGAUCUAAGAUGAUUAUUUUGUAAAAGACUUUCUAGUGUACAAGACACAACUGUGUCCAACUGUAUAUAGCCGCCAGUUAGUUUUCUUUGUUUUUACUUUGUCUUUUGCUAUCUGUGUUAUGACUCGAUGUGGAUUUGUGUUUAUACAAAUUUUAUUUGUAUGAUUUCAUGUUAAACCUCAAAUAAAUGCUUCCUUAUGUGAUUGUU